ACCACUCUAGGGAUGGGAAUUUUAAGGGGAAUUCCCAUUUGCUAAACUAGACGCGCUUGCACGUGGCCGUCUAGGCACAGUUACUGGAAACGUUGUUUCAUUUCGAUGAAUUGUUUUUUCCUUUUUUUUCAGGAAAUCAUAAAAAGUCGACACACCGAGAUUCUUUCUCCAUAUCAAGUCCUCACUUGUUUGUCUAUUCCUGCAUGGUUUGCCAUUGACUUGGAAGAUGUUGAGAUUUUGAGUUCAGCCUUAGGCCUACCCGGAAGUCACGGUGAUCCCUGCACUGUUGAUUGAGAAUUUGGUCUGAUUGGACACACACCAUGGCGUCCGUGUUGCAGACAGAUGCCAGUCACCACGGGUCAAUAGUGUCUUACGAAAUUCCAGAAAUUAAAAAAGGCGACCUACAGUGCCUAAAAAAGCUUGGGGAGGGCGGCUACGGAGAGGUUUACAAGGCACACCAUGUCCCAUGGAGUGAAGAAAUAGCUGUUAAAGUUUGCAAGAAACAUUUGUCUGACGACGAUAAGAAAAUUGCACUGAGGGAAAUCCAACGAAUGAUCAAAACCACCAGCAAUGAACACAUCAUCUCCAUUAAAGGCAUUGUGACAAACGUGAGCCCCUACAGUUGCUGUAUCGUCAUGGAUUAUAUGGAGCACGGGUCACUGAAGUCCUUCCAGGACAAACUAAAGCCAUUCCCAAAUGCAGUCAAAGUUGAAAUGAUCAAGGAAAUCACACUUGGGAUGAAGUUUCUGCACACACUGAAAGAGCCCAUCAUCCAUCGCGACUUGAAGCUGGAAAACAUCUUGGUUAAUUCGCGGCUGAAGGUCAAGAUUUCUGACUUUGGUUUGGCAACAUGGUGCACUGCAACAAACCGCAAAGAAGCAGGAGGAACAAUCACCCACAUCCCGCCAGAACACCUUGAAGACAUCAACGCAGAGGUCACAACAAAGUUUGAUGUCUACAGCUUCGGCAUAACAUUGUGGCAUUUAGCCUCUCGUCGACAGCCCUAUGAAAAUUGCCUUGGAAAUGAUGCCUUUCUAAAAGUAUGCGUCACCACUGGUCAGAGACCAGCUAUGAAAUUGAUACCCGAUGAUGAACCUGACAUUAUCAAGCAACUGAUCGAGAAGUCUUGGCACCAGGACCCAGACAAACGACCGGACUUUCAAGAGAUAACUAGGAAGGUUCAUGAUGAAUUCCUGAAAAACUACAAAAAGGACGUUAACAAGGGCCGUGCUGAUAUCUUCGUGCAGUUGGGAAAUGUGUCAUCCAACCAGGAUGAUGCGGAUGAAAGUUGUUUAUUUCCAUGGCAACAGAACUCCGGUCCAGAUUUACCCGUGUUGACACACAUAGACGCAAGAUCUCGAGCCUUUGAUCUGCCGAGUCCAGCCCCAUCAAACGACAGCCCACUAACUCUGCAAUCUAUAGAUCCAAUCACCAGACAGAAAUCAAAGGACCUCAGUUUCCCUGUGGCUGUCUCUGACCCACACGCUGAGGGACAGCAAGAUGGUGCGAGUGUUAUCGAGACAAAAAUGACAGGCAUGAACAUCAACAGUGAUAAGUAUGGUGUGCCAGACACCACGCCACAUAAGCAAGCCACCCCUACUGGCUGUAAUGGAAGUGUCUCCAACAUGUCAGAGGAUGCUGCCGGAAUAUCCACUGGACAGGUCCAUUGUAUGAAUAGUGAUGCUGCAUCCCAGCAACCUGAAAGUUCUGCCACUAUCCAGCCUCAAGCACAAAACAGUGGAUUUUCUGAACAAAGUGUCCUUUUGCAACCAGGGCAACAACAACAUCCAGAGCAACCAUUGCAACAACCUUUAACACAUCAAGAACAACCGCUUUCUCAGCGGCAAUCUUACUCCGACUCUGUUUCUUCUUCCAUUCCACAGAAUGUUCUGAGUCCUCAUGCAGCGAAGCCCGAACGUACUUACAGCAAUGCUAACCCGAUAAACAUCAAUGUCAAAGGUGACGGAAAUGUUGUAUCAGUAGCUCAAAGGGGUGGUGUAAUCCACAUGGGCAAGCCUGGAAAGAAAAAUAAAAAGAAGUCCAAGAGAAAGAAACCCACUCCCCCACCAUCUUCCUCUUCUUCCUCUUCUUCCUCUGCGUCUGAUUCGGACGAAACAGAUUCCGUAGCUGGUGGAGCACACGCAACUCCUCUAACCACUUGCAAUGAGCCCGUCACAGAGAAAGACAUUCGUGGCAUCGCCAAGUACAUUGGGAAAAACUACGAAGAUCUUGGAGGGCAGCUUGGGUUGAAACAAGCUCAGAUUGACAACAUCGUCCUGGAUAAUGAAAAAUAUGGCCACAAAAGUAUUGCCUUCAAAAUCAUGCUGAAGUGGAAGCAACGUGAAAGUAAAGCUGCCACUAAAGCGGCGCUGGCUAAGGCACUGGUUGAAGUUGGUCUGCGGAGCAUUGCUGAUAUGUUGUAAGACAGAUUUGCUAUGUGGGUUGUUGCUCUCUUUUAUAAUCACAGUUUACAAGAAGCCAAUUCGGUACUCCAGCUGUGCAUGGAUGCGCUUAUGCGUCGCAGCUAGGUCAUUCUGGAUUGUCUAAUGCUCAGCAAAGGUGCCUGAACCCGCAAGGAGGUGGUCGCUCAAUGCUCGUGCUUUAUGUGAGAGCAGCGUAACAUCGCGGUUACAAGACAUAUGAUGUCAGCCAUUUUAUCCUGAAUGACCUGGACUGAAUCAUCGAGAUACCAAACUGGUUUAUUGUCGACUGUCGAGUUGUGAGGAAAACCAAUGGUGCUGUACAUUCUUGAGGCUGUAAAAAGUACAUGUACCACAUCUCGGCAAUUCUACAGUGGGAGACUUUUGAGACGUUGGUGACAGCAAAAAUACUGGUCCUUUUUUACUGUUUGCUUCAAAUUGAGCAUGAGCCCCUUAGCUUAAACAUGACGUUAACAAUUGAAAAGGACCGACAUGUUUGCUGCCACCAACGUCUCAAAAGUCUCCAGUUGUUUUGUUACAACAGGUUUGUAACUCACCAUGCAAUAAAUAUAUGAAAUCACUGCAGCCAGGGUGACCGUAAGGUCAGAGCCAAAUUCUGUUUAAUGCACAUCAAAAAUCUGUCAGAUUUAUCAAAAAUCUGCCAAAUUCUCCAGAAGUACACUAUAAACACGUAAAAUCACAUGCAGAUUGGUAGUAUUGCCAAUAGUAAGUAAGAUUCAAAUUACAUAAUAAACAGUCUAGUCACAUAAAGGUGUGAAUUAUUGGUAAAUUUCGGGCAAAACGCGGAUCAGGCCACGACGAAGUCCGUUUCCCAGUGAACCUCGGCACCUAGACCAGCCAACCUGUCCCAUUAUGGAAGGGUUUGUUUGAAAGGA